GGUGGUACAGUCGGCAGCUCAAAUUCCGAGAAUUGAGCUCUGUUGAUUCUUAGAACUGGGGUUCUUAGAAGUGGUGAUGCAAGGAGUUUCUAGGAAAGCCCGGAGACCAGGUUUUAAAAGAAGUCUUGAACUGUGAAUUGAGGCUUUGGGUGGAGACAAGAUGGCCUCGCCGGCAGACAGCUGCAUCCAGUUCACCCGCCACGCCAGCGACGUCCUGCUCAACCUGAACCGCCUUCGGAGCCGAGACAUCCUGACCGAUGUGGUCAUCGUGGUCAACCGGGAGCAGUUCCGGGCCCACAAGACCGUGCUCAUGGCCUGCAGCGGCCUGUUCUACAGCAUCUUUACUGACCAGCUGAAGUGCAACCUGAAUGUGAUCAACCUCGACCCUGAAAUCAACCCCGAGGGCUUCUGCAUCCUGCUGGACUUCAUGUACACGUCCCGCCUGAACCUCCGUGAGGGGAAUAUCAUGGCGGUGAUGGCCACCGCCAUGUACCUGCAGAUGGAGCACGUCGUGGACACCUGCCGAAAGUUCAUCAAGGCCGGUGAGUCUCCCCUUCGUCCUCGGACACCACAGGCUUUCCCUCCAGGAAAGGUCCCUCCCCUGGGAUCCAGGGCAUUGAUGGACAGAGGGGAAUCAGUGUCGACUUCUGCUGUGCAAUGUCCGGGAGUUGGGAUGGAUGUGGCCCCUCUGGAGUGGAGGAGGCAGCAGGGGUCCCACGCACUGAGUCGUUCAUACUCGAGGUGCAGAAGGCUGAGGGGGGAGGCAGGAACCUUCCAGAGCUACGGUCCCUUACACAGUGCUUGGAACAGAGCGUAUUGUGUGCUUGGGAGCUUGGAGACCCUUCAGGCGGCAGCAGUGACUGCUCUCUCACGGAGAUCCCCGGUCAGCGGGGGGUGUCAGGGCUGGGAGGGACCGCAGAGGUCGGCUGUCCAGUGCACUUACCCAGGGAGGAAUGGGUGCCCCGGGCGGCCCCCGGGCCCCCCGGGAGGGGGUCCUCCCGGCCCAGGCCCCCCCCAGGAGCAAGGCCGCAUGGAGGCCGGGCCCGGCCAGCGGGCCCCCCCGGGGCCCCCCAGGGAGGGCGUGCCCAGGUUCAAGGUGACCAGGGCCUCCCCGUUCCGCCUCAACAAUCGUCUUUCCUUGCAAGCCCCAAGGAGGAGGAGAGGACCUCCUCCCAAUCCCACCAGCCCCCCAAUGCCCCCUGAACCCGGGCCUGGGAGCCCCAGAGCCCCGGUCAACGCCAGCCCCAACCCCGCCCACCGAGUCCAGCAGCAGCAAGAACGCCUGAUCCUGAGGGGCCGCCCCCUCGCCAAGAGUCCUACUGGACCCCGGGGAACUGGAAGAAGUACAAGUUCAUGGGUUGAACCCCUGAACCGAACGCGUCGGAGGAGCCGGAAAGGGGCCGCCUGUCCCCGGCAGGAGCCUGGGGAUUCUGGGAAGGAAAGGAAGGGGGAGUGGGACCCGGCUGCCUCCGGCAUUGGGGAAGUGACGGCGGCUCCCUGCUCUCAGGCCCAGGCCCAAGGACCCCCCGCUUCCCUGACUGAGUCUCUUGUCGCUCUUGCCCUCAGGUCCCUGGCCGGCUCCCCCCGGAGCAGCACAGAAGGACACUCUCCCUUGUAUCUGCCCUCGCCCAAGUGCCGCUCGUGCGGCUCCCAGUCCCCGCAGCAUUCGGAGAUGUGCCUUCACACCACAGGCACCACCUUCCCGGAGGAGAUGGGAGAGACUCAGUCGGAGUACUCAGACUCCAGCUGUGAAAAUGGAGCUUUCUUCUGCAACGAAUGUGACUGCCGCUUCUCGGAGGAGGCGUCCCUCAAGAGACACACCCUGCAGACCCACAGUGACAAGCCUUACAAAUGUGACCGCUGCCAGGCGUCCUUCCGCUACAAGGGCAACCUCGCCAGCCACAAGACCGUCCAUACGGGGGAAAAACCCUACCGGUGCAACAUUUGUGGAGCCCAGUUCAACCGGCCGGCCAACCUGAAGACCCACACUCGCAUCCACUCCGGAGAGAAGCCCUACAAGUGUGAGACCUGCGGAGCCAGAUUCGUCCAGGUGGCCCACCUGCGUGCUCACGUGCUCAUCCACACCGGCGAGAAGCCCUACCCGUGUGAAAUCUGCGGCACCCGCUUCCGGCACCUGCAGACCCUCAAAAGCCACUUGCGCAUCCACACGGGAGAGAAACCCUAUCAUUGUGAGAAGUGUAACCUGCAUUUCCGCCACAAAAGCCAGCUGCGGCUUCACCUGCGGCAGAAGCACGGCGCCAUCACCAACACCAAGGUCCAGUACCGCGUCUCUGCCGCCGACCUGCCCCCCGAGAUACCCAAGGCCUGCUGAGAGCAUCGCGAAGGGGCCCCCUCUCUGGAAGUUAUCCAAAGGAUACUGUAACACUUUACAGAUGUUCAUCCCAUGAUGUAGUGCCUCUUCUCAUCCAUUUGUGCAGAUCAUAAAGGGGGUUGGAGUGGGGGGUGGGGGGGGGCGGGUGGGACGGGGAAAGACAAAGGGGGACGAACCAUGUAGAUCCUCCCCCUCACCCAGUGACGUAACUUAAAAACAAAUGACAAAAAAAAAAAAAGCUCAAUCUCCUAUGUGUUAGGAAAACUCUAUCAGUGAAAAAUGAAAAGAAAGGUCAUUUUACCCAUCACCCCAUGGGGGAGUGCACAGAAGCUUUGGAAUUUGACUUGACUUGUUCUGAAAAAAUGAGGAAUGUAUAUGUUUUGUGGGAACAGAUGUUUCUUUUGUAUGUAAAUGUGCAUUCUUUUAAAAGAAGACAAUUCAGUAUGUUAUAAAAGAGAGGGCUUUAAUUUUUUUAACCAAAGGUGAAGGAAUAUAUGGCAGAGUUGUAAAUAUAUAUAAAUAUAUAUAAUAAAUAUAUAUAAACCUCAAAAAAGAUAUAUUAAAAAUAAAACUGCAUUAAAGGCUCGAUUUUGUAUCUGCGGGCAGACACGGAUCUGAGAAUCUUUAUUGAGAUAGAGCCCUUACAAAAUAUUUUAAGUAUUGCAUCUGUGUAAGUAAGAAGAUAUUUUGUCUAAAACGCCUCAGUGUAUUUGUAUUUUUUUGCAAGUGAAGGUUUACAAUUUACAAAAGUGUGUAUUAAAAGAAAACACAAAAAAGCUGCAGAAGGAAAAAAAAAUGCGUAAUUUUGUUCUAGUUUUGAGUUUGUAUAUAUCCGUACAACGUGUACUCACGGUGCCUUUUUUCCAUGGAAGUUUUCAAUGUAUGGACUAGAUGAGCCCCCUUCCUUUUCGAGGCGCAGGCAGACACAGGGACUUGAAGCUGGCACUCACUAAGCUCUCUUUGGGAAUGUUUGUCUUAUUACAUGCUGCGUCACGCUUGCAUCAUAUAGGUCCUCCGGAGACAGGGUUGGGCUGUGUCUAAACCGCAUCACUGCAUUGUAAAAUAUAGCUGUAUAAAACCAAGAAUAAAACCAUGAAACGUGAA